CCAAAUACUCGUGGGGGGGAGCUGAGGCGGCAGGAUCACAUGAGCCUAGAAGGUCGAGGCUGCAGUGAGGUCUGAUCGCGCCACUGCACUCCAGCCUGGACAACUGAGCAUGACCCUUCCUCAGAGCUAAUGGCGCUUCAUAAUUCUGCAGUCCAUGUAAGCUUCUGGGAUCGCGGGGCGGAGAACCGCCAGGAGGCUGGAGUUCAAAUGGCCUCCUGUGGCAGACGGUAAAGGCGCCGGAACUACAGCUACCUCCGCGGCGCCGUUUCGGCCGCCAUAUCUGGGUGCAGGGGAACUCGCAGAGGACAAACUCCCACGCGCGUUUUCGAUUUCUGCGCUUUCCUCGAGUGAGGCAAGACUUAGCAGAGGCCCAAGGAGCAGCCUCAUGCGGACCGAGCCAUUGCGCGGGGCGUCCCCUCUGCUGGUGCCCGGCAACCCCUACUCCGUGGUGGUUCUGCUGCAGGGCUACGCGGAGCCCGAGAGGGUGGGUGACACCGUGCGCGCCGACGGCUCCGUAACCCUGGUCCUACCCCAGACCCGGGGUCCGGCCUCCAGCCACCGAAAGUCCCCGCGCGGUAGUGGCGGCGCAGAGGCCGCCCUGGAGGAGGCGGCCCGUGGCCCCAUCCUGGUGGACACCGGGGGCCCCUGGGCUCGGGAGGCGCUGCUGAGGGCGCUGGCGGGGCAGGGCGUGGCCCCGGGAGACGUGACGCUGGUGGUGGGGACCCAUGGGCACUCGGAUCACAUCGGGAACUUGGGGCUGUUCCCAGGCGCGGCUCUGCUGGUCUCCCACGACUUCUGCCUCCCCGGAGGCCGCUACCUGCCCCACGGGCUGGGUGAGGGGCAGCCCCUGCGCCUGGGCCCGGGGCUCGAGGUGUGGGCCACGCCGGGCCACGGGGGCCAGCGCGACGUGAGCGUGGUGGUGGCCGGCACGGCUCUGGGCACCGUAGUGGUGGCGGGGGAUGUGUUUGAGCGAGAUGGGGACGAGGAUUCGUGGCAGGCGCUGAGUGAAGACCCCGCAGCCCAGGAGCGGAGCCGAAAGAGAGUCCUGGUCGUUGCCGACGUGGUCGUACCUGGUCACGGGCCCCCCUUUCGAGUGCUCAGGGAAGCCUCGCAGACCGAGACGGAGGGUGGAGGGAACAGCCAGCAGGAGCUGGUGGCUGGAGACGAGGAGCCCGCCCUGCACUGAUCAGCCUGGAGAGGAACUGGACUCUUGUAAGCCCUAACAGCGAAGAGUUGCUGGAGACAAAGUCAGAGCAGUCAAGGGUGGGAGCUUCCAGCCCUUCCAGGAGGCUAGUUUUCCAGUGAGGACAGAGUGCACCUGACACUGCCAUCACAUCGUCAGUAUCACUGCCUAUCUCUGCCACCAAACUAAGAUCAAAGGACGGGCUCAGCUCCCUGUGCAUUCUCCCUGGGCCUCAGUAAAAUGGGAGAAGGUUCCUGGGAGGUGUCUCCAAAAUAAAAAUGGAAACUGCAUUGAAAAUCA